AUGUCAAUACCUGACGAGACACUAAGAAAGGUACAAGAAAUCGAGAUUCAAUUUGAGAAUCAAUUACAUGUUCUCUUUGAACUACAAAAUCGACUUGUGGAGAAUAACCGUCAAUUGUCGGCAGUCAAAGCACAAAUUGCUGGUAAAGAACGUGAAAAAAAAAUCGCCGAAUUGACAAAACGCGAGUUGUUGGCAUUACUAGAAGGAGAUUCAGGUGACGGUAAAGGAAAAAAUGCUGCCGUAAAAGAUGUCACUACGUAUAAAUCUGUAGGAAAAGCUUUCUUUCGUACCGAUUUGGAUGUACUUCUUGAAGAACAUAAUGAUCGUAUCUCGAAAGCAACUUCAGAAUUAAGCGCGUUAGAACAACAGAAAAAGUAUUUAGAGCGAAAUAUUAGUGAGAGUCAGACUGGUCUACGGGAGAAAAUCGCACUAAAAAAGGAUAUGGGACAAAUAAACAUAAUAUUUAUUUCUGUACUUUUAACCAACAAUAACCAUGAACGGCCUUCUCUCCACAUUUACUCGUUUCC